GCCCUCUUGAAUAAGUAGGAACAGAUGCACAAGGAUGGCUGGCAUCUGCAUCUACCCAAAGUAAAUUAUGAAACAAGUCCAACUAUAAUGUCAAUUUGGUCGUUCUGAUGAAGUCCGUCUAGAAACGAGUAUCUCGAUUUGAACAGGUAAGCAAAGUGCUGCUGAUAAAAGUACUUUCAAAAAUUGAACUGAUCAACUUUCGCUUCUGUAUUUUAGAUGAUCACAAUUUGAUCUGUAAAGCUUGCCAAAAAAAAAAAAAAAUUGUUAGAAAUGAUUGUCUCACCAAGGCAUCUCAAAUUUCUCCUUCUUCUGUUGUCUCAAUUAUUUUCUUGUGCAUCUCCAUUAUCCUUCAACUUCUCCACCUUUCCAAAUGGCAUCAACACCUUAUCUCUCGAGGGAGAUGCUUACAUUGAUGGAAAAUUCCUUCGACUCACCAAAAGCACUGUUGACGACGUACAUGAACAAAGUGUCGGUCGAGCCACCUACAGCCAACCCUUCCUCCUCCGCGACAAGGCCACAGGAAAGCUUGCCGAUUUCACAACAAACUUCACGUUUGUCAUCGAUUCCCGAGGCAAGACACCCUACGCGGACGGACUAGCCUUCUUUUUGGCACCAAACGGGUCCUUACUCAACAGCACAAUAGGCAGAGGCGGCAGUCUAGGACUCCCCGUCGACAACCUUCCCCACAACGUGUCAAAAAGUCAGUAUCCUUUUUGGGCGGUGGAGUUUGAUAUCUACCGGAAUGAAGUGACGUCCGUGGAAGAUCCUGCCGGAGAUCACGUCGGUGUAGACAUCAACUCUGUGAAGUCUAAGAUGACCGAAUCGUGGAAUGGUAGUAUUACAAACGGACAAGUCAAUAGUGUUGGCAUUAGUUAUGAUUCUGCAUCAAACCAUGUUGGUAUUGUUUUCACAAGUUAUGUGAAUGAUGUUCAAGUGAUGAAGCAUAUCGAUUGCAGGGUUGAUUUGAAUGAGAUUCUCCAGGGUUGGGUCAUUGUUGGGUUCUCCGCUGCAACAGGUUCUCUGACUGCUGUGGACAAGAUCAAAUCAUGGAGUUUUAAUUCGAUUCAACUGCAUGAAGAGAAUGCAACGAAGAACACUUCGGUGGUUCCUGAGCCGAGCCCCAUUGUUGACCCCAAGUUAGGAAAUGGGACCGAUAUAGGACUAAUUUUUGGGUUGGGUGCCGGUGGGAUUGUUUUCUUAGUUGGUGGGUUGGGUUUGGUUUGGUUUUUGAUCUGGAAGAAGAGGGGAAGUAGUUCAGAAGAUGGAAUGGUUAAUGACUGGAUCGAUAAGGAAUUCCAAAAGGGGACAGGCCCGAAGAAGUUUUCGUACAGAACAUUGGCAGCAUCCACGAGUAAUUUUGACGAAAGAGAGAAGCUUGGAGAGGGAGGAUUUGGUGGGGUUUAUAGAGGCUUCAUAAAAGACUUAAACACGUACGUUGCUGUUAAGAGGAUAUCAAGCAAGUCUAGACAGGGGAUGACGGAGUAUGCAGCAGAAGUAAGGAUCAUCAGUCGGCUAAGGCAUCGGAAUCUGGUGCAACUCAUUGGUUGGUGCCAUGAAAAUAGAGAGCUCUUACUUGUCUCUGAGUUCAUGUCCAACGGCAGCUUAGAUUCCCAUUUGUUCAAAGGGAAAAGCUUGUUAGCUUGGGAGGCAAGAAACAAAAUUGUUCUAGGUUUGGCAUCCGGGUUGUUGUAUCUACACGAAGAAUGGGAACAAUGUGUGCUGCACAGGGAUAUCAAAUCCAGCAAUAUCAUGUUGGACUCAAAUUUCAACGCAAAACUAGGGGAUUUUGGGUUAGCUCGGCUUGUGGACCAUGGAAAGCAAUCACAAACAACAGUUUUGGCCGGAACUAUGGGUUACAUGGCUCCUGAAUGUCUUACCACAGGAAAGGCUAGCAAGGAAACAGAUGUCUACAGCUUUGGAGUUGUAGCUUUGGAGAUAGCUUGUGGGCGAAAACCCAUUGAUCCCAUGUCGGGAAGGAGUAAAAUGAAUAUGGUGGGGUGGGUUUGGGAGCUUUAUGGAGAAGGGAAAGUCAUUGAAGCGGCUGACCCUAAAUUGUGUGGAGAGUUUGAUGAGAAACAAAUGGAGUGUUUGUUGAUUGUUGGUUUGUGGUGUGCUCAUCCGGAUUACACGAUCAGGCCUUCGAUACGACAAACAAUUCAAGUGCUUAAUUUCGAAGUCCCAUUGCCUACUCUCCCGUCAAAGAUGCCGGUGGUUGGCUACUUUUCACCUCCGCUAACAUUGUCAAUUUCGUCUACUGAUACUACAGAUUUGGAAAGAGGGGAAACAUAUUCUUCAGGUUAUCGUUACAACACGAAUUCCUCACUGUUCACUAAAUCAUCUGCAUCAAAUUCUUCUCUAUCAGCACACUUUGGUACACAAUAAAUUUUAAUUUAAUGAUUCUGUUUUACGUAUAUAGAAUUUGUUUAGUAAUUUUUUUUUAUUUUUUUUAUUUUUUUAUGUUUGAUUAUAUUGUAUAUGCACUGGAACUGGAAAAACAAGAAGUUUCAGAGUGGACAAGCUCGACUCUGUUCUCCAA